AAGCUCUCUUGUGCUGGGGUUUGUGGCCGAGCCCGGUGACGUCAGCGUGGCAGUGCGGAGUCAGGCGCCGCGCUCCCUAUAAGCCCAGGAGCUGUCCGGGUGCUGAAGCGGCCCGAGACGCUCACCCAGCCGACCGGGAGGAAGGAACAUGCUGUGGACCUUCUCUGCCAUAUAAAGAAGAGGAAAUCUUUACAACAUGGCAGAAGCUAAGACCCACCAACUUGGAGCAGCCCUGUCUCUUAUCCAUUUAAUUUUCCUCAUCUCUGGAGCUGAAGCAGCUUCAUUUCAGCGUCACCAGCUGCUUCAGAAAGAACCAGACCUCAGAUUGGAAAAUGUCCAAAGGUUCCCCAGUCCUGAAAUGAUCAAAGCUUUGGAGUACAUAGAAAAACUCCGGCAACAAGCUCACAAAGAAGAAAGCAGCCCAGACUAUACUCUCUACCAAGGUAUCUCGGUUUCCCUUCCACAAAAAGAAAAUGGAGAGGAAAGUCGCUUGCAAGAGAGUUUAAGAGAUUCACUGAGUGAAGAUGAGUGGAUGAGAAUAAUACUUGAAGCUUUGAGACAGGCUGAAAAUGAACCUCAGUCUGCACCAAAAGAAAGCAAGUCCUAUGCCUCGAAUUCAGAAAAGAGCUUUCCAGGGGACAUGACUGAUGAUUAUGAGACACAGCAGUGGCCAGGGAGAAAGCUCAAGCACACGCAGUUCCCUCCCAUGUAUGAGGAAAAUUUCAGGGACAACCCUUUCAAACGCACAAAUGAAAUCGUAGAGGAGCAAUAUACUCCUCAAAGUCUUGCUACCCUGGAGUCAGUCUUCCAAGAGCUAGGAAAACUGACCAGACCCAACAGCCAGAAACGUGAGAGGGUUGAUGAGGAUCAAAAACUCUAUGCAGAUGAUGAAGAUGAUGUCUACAAGGCCAACAACAUUGCUUAUGAAGAUGUGGUUGGGGGAGAAGAUUGGAACCCUGUAGAGGAGAAAACAGAGGGUCAAACCCAGGAAGAGGUGAGGGACAGCAAAGAGAAUACAGAAAAAAAUGAACAGAUCAAUGAAGAAAUGAAGCGUUCAGGUCAGGUGGGCCUGCAGGAAGAAGAUCUCCAGAAAGAGAGUAAAGACCAACUCUCGGAUGAUGUCUCCAAAGUCGUUGCCUAUUUGAAAAGGUUAGUGAGUGCUUCAGGAGGUGGGAGGUCUCAGAAUGGGCAAAAUGGGGAACGGGCAGCCAGGCUUUUUGAGAAGCCACUUGAUUCUCAGUCUAUUUAUGAGCUUAUUGAACUCUCUAGGAAUUUGCAGAUCCCUCCUGAAGACUUAAUUGAUAUGCUCAAGACCAGCGAGAAGCCAGGUGGACCAGUGGAGCCAGCACAGGAGGUUGACCUUCCUGUUGACCUAGAUGACAUCUCAGAGGCUGACCUACAGCAUCCAGACCUAUUGCCAAAUAAGAUGCUCUCCAAGAGUGGGUACGCCAAAGCCCCUGGUCGUGCUGUGACCGAAGCCUUACCAGAUGGGCUCAGUGUUGAGGAUAUUUUAAAUCUUUUAGAGAUGGAGAGUACAGCAAAUCAGAAACCUCCGUAUUUUCCUAAUCAUUAUAACCAAGAGAAAGUUCCCCCGAGGUUCCCCUACAGUCCUGGAAGAUCUAGAGUGAACCAGCUUCCCAAAGCUGCCUGGAUGCCAGAGACUGACAACAGACAGGAGGCUUAUGAAAACCUGAAUGACAAGGAUCAAGAAUUAGGAGAGUACUUGGCCAGGAUGCUAGUGAAAUACCCUGAGCUCAUUAAUUCAAACCAAGUGAAGCGAGCGCCCAGUCCAGGCUCAUCUGAAGAUGACUUUCCAGAAGAGGAACAGCUUGAGCAGGCUAUCCAAGAGCACCUCAGUCAGGGCAGCUCUCAGGAGGCUGAUCAACUGGCACCAGGGAGCAAAAGGUUCCCUGCGGGGCCCCCGAAGAAUGAAGAUACUCCAAACAGACAGUACUUGGAUGAAGAUCUGCUAAUGAAAGUGCUGGAGUACCUUAACCAAGAAAAGGCAGAAAAGGAAAGGGAGCAUAUUGCCAAGCGAGCCAUGGAAAAUAUGUAAGCAACUCUUACUAACUGCCCUACUUUCACUCCUCCAUUCCCAUGCAAACCCCGAAUUUUCUCUUUAGUGUGUUGACUUCUAUCCUGUGAACACUAUAAUAUCUUUAACUGAUGUACAGGCAGAUGGUUCCAGGUCACUGGUGAAUCUGCUCCACUUAUUCUGAGCUGUUCUCUUGUGUAUGGAUAUGUGUAAAUGUUGUGACUCUUGGAUUAAAAAAAUAUUCUGUCCUUUAUUCAAGAAAGAUAUCGAUGAUGGUGUUUAAUAGUGUACCUAAUGGCUGUGGCAUUGUUGAUGCUCACCUAUGAUAAAUGAUGUCCUAUAAUUCUCUUGAAAGUUUUUAAUAUUCAUUGAAUUAUUUUGUUACUGUCUGUCGUGUUUUGUGGAGUACUGGAGCAAAAACAAUAAAGCAUUAUAAAUAUAUAGUUUUCUUUAUAAGGCUUUUUCUAUCGUGUGUUUUAUUGUUGAUUAAUUAAUAAAUGUUAUUUCUGGA